UGAAGCUGGGGCUCCUUGCCUUGCAGAGCUAGUAUUUUCCCCAGCUAAGAGGAUCGAGAGAUUCCUCCUGUGUACUUGCAUUAUGGAGGCGAGCAGUCAGUCCAGCAGUCAACAGAUUCUGUGGAAAGAUGUUGAGGUGGGAAAAGAGAAGAAAGCCAGAUAUCACACCUACCAGCGAGUGGCUCUGAUUCUGGCUCUGGUUUUCCUUGUUUUGGCUCUCUGCAUUUUCAGCCUUAGAUAUCUGUGGAGCCCCAGUUUGGGAAAGGUAUAUGACCAUCAGUACAAAGCUGUGGUGGAUGGAGUAGAGACUGACAGCAUGAUGGAGAUUGACCCAGGUCAGCGCAUUGAAAUCUUCAGAAUGGGAAAUGGGAGCGAGGAAGUACUUGAGGUGCACGACUUCAAAAAUGGAAUCACUGGGAUCCGUUUUGCCAAACAUCAGAGGUGCUACAUCAGGACCCAAACUCGAAAACUACCCACAGUGACAGAGGUGGAGGCUGAGGACACAGAGUUACUGUGGAUGAGGGCCGAGGCCACAGAUAUGAAGGUGGAGGACUCCCAAGUGUGGGUUCCUGCCGAGGAGCCCAUCGUUAACCCAGCCUUCCUCUUCAACUCCAAGAUCUGGGAGAUUUGCCAGGAGCUGCCCAUCCACUGGAUACAUCCCUCCCCCCUAAGCGACACUGAGCUGGAAAAUGUGGACACACCUGACGCAGAGGUCACAGGUCAGCGGUUCACCCGUGAAGCUGAUCACAUUCCUGUGAAUGACUAUUGUAAGUGGAGAGAUGUUGGAAUUGAACUGGAUAACCGCCUGGAUGAGCGCGGCUUCUGCUGCCAGCACUGUCGCCGUGGUUACCGCUUCUUCUGCCGCCGCUACCACGAGCCCCUGGGUGGUUUCAACCCUUGGCCAUACUACUACCAAGGAGGUCGGGUCAUCUGUCAGAUUGUCAUGCCUUGCAACUGGUGGAUCGCUCGUAUGCUGGGGAGGAUCUGAGGAAGAUCCUUUUGUCAUUGUAGGUGCGACUGCUCCAGUGAUAAAUAUUCCAGACCACUUGUGAGACCAAAGCAGUCCUCUGCACGCAAUUAUUUUCCAAUCAGAAAGUGGGGUCCAUUGAGCAUUAGUCAGUCUAAACAGUCUAAUUGGGGUUUGAAGCAUUUUGAUUCUUUCUUAAAAGGCAUUAGUUGUUUACAGCGGUCUAAUUUUCUUUGCUUAUCUACCCAUUUGCACCCUUGCAAUUUGACCCAUUGGGAUGGUUGCAAUUUAGUCUCAGUGCUGUCACCACCAACACAUCUUUUCUGGGGAAAGAAAAAAAAAAAAAAGAAAAAAAAAAACACCUAAGCACUGUCAGUCCAC